CCAGUAUUGAUCUUUUCUGUGCUGCAGCAAAUAAAAGUUUUUGACUUUUUACAUAAUUGUUACUCUUUUUCUUUUGUCAGAUUCCUUUUCUUUUCCUUUUUUUGUGGACAAACUUUUGUUAGAUUGGUUGUAUCUGACCACAUAAGAUGAGUUGAAGUGCCAAAAUCCAGAAUACCAGAUACUGAAGAAACAAACAUGGAGGAGGAAUUGUUAUUGCCAAGAGGCAAAGAUCAAGUAGAGCAAAGAAAAGGGUCAAGUAGUACUAGUAGUCUAACAUGGUUUUCGUUCUUCGAAGAAGUGAAGAGGUUGGGAUGCAUAGCAGGACCUAUGGUUGCUGUGGUCCUAUCCCAGUACUUGUUGCAGGUCGUUUCAACGAUGACGGUUGGUCAUCUUGGUGAGCUAGCUCUCUCUAGCACUGCCAUAGCCACCUCUCUAGCUACUGUCACCGGCUUUAGUCUUUUUUUAGGAAUGGCUAGUGCACUGGAAACCUUAUGUGGACAAGCUUAUGGAGCUGAGCAAUAUCAAAAACUUGGCCUUCAAACUUACACUGCUAUAUUUUCUCUCAACUUAGUUUGUCUUCCUAUAUCUUUCAUAUGGUUUUAUGUGGAGGACUUGCUGAUUUUGAUCGGUCAAGAUCCUUCAAUUUCUCAUCAAGCUGGCAAAUUCAUAAUUUGGCUCAUUCCGGCUCUUUUUGCUUAUGCAACUCUUCAACCGCUGAAUAGAUACUUUCAGACACAAAGUUUAAUACUUCCUAUGCUUCUAAGCUCUUGUGCAACCCUUUUGUUCCACAUUCCUCUCUGUUGGGUCCUAGUAUUCAAAUCUGGACUGGAUAACCUUGGAGGAGCAUUGGCAAUGAGUAUUUCGUACUGGUUGAAUGCGAUUUUACUCGGAUUAUACAUGAAGUUCUCUUCUACAUGUUCAAAAACUAGAGCUCCAAUUUCUAAGGAGGUAUUCCAAGGAAUUGGAGAGUUCUUUCGAUUUGCAGUCCCUUCUGCAAUUAUGUUAUGCCUUGAGUGGUGGUCAUUUGAGCUUCUCAUCUUGCUGUGUGGGCUUUUACCAAAUCCUGCUCUUGAAACUUCAGUGUUGUCUGUAUGUCUCCAGACCAUUUCGACACUCUAUUCAAUACCCUAUGGAUUUGGAGCGGCAGCAAGUACUAGAGUUUCAAAUGAACUAGGAGCUGGCAACCCUGAAGGUGCUCGUAUAGCUACUUGUGCUGCCAUGUUUCUUACAGUCGCAGAGACAAGUACGGUAGCCACAACCCUCUUUUGCUGCAGGCAUGUAUUUGGUUACCUCUUCAGCAAUGAGGAAGAAGUCGUCAAUUAUGUCAGAACAAUGGCUCCUCUUGUUUGCCUCUCUGUUAUACUAGACAGCUUCCAAGGGGUCCUUUCAGGUAUUGCAAGAGGAUGUGGGUGGCAGCAUAUAGGGGCUUACAUAAACCUUGGAGCAUUUUAUUUAUGUGGGAUUCCAGUUGCUGCUACAUUAGCUUUCUGGGUUCAACUAAGAGGAAGGGGUCUUUGGAUUGGAAUACAAGUUGGAGCUUUUGUGCAAACCACUCUGCUUGCUAUUGUAACAACUUGUACAAACUGGGAAAAGCAGGCAAGUAAGGCAAGGGAGCGGAUAUUUGAGGGAAGUACUCUAGUUGAGAAUGGAUUGUGCCACUAAUUAAGCAGAGCUCAAUGAGUUUGAAGAAAACAAGACAGAAACUUUGUGGAAGGUUUUCUGAUUUUUACUUCAUUAUGAAACUGAUUACAAGCUUUUUCUAUAUA